AUGAAGAAUUUUGUGAAAGAGCUUUGCAUUCUUCAUUCUAUUGGUGUUUGUGGACGUCCUACUAAGGCUCCAAAAAUUAUUGAGUUGUUGUGGCGCUCGCCUUCUCAAUCUUGGAUCAAAAUAAAUAUUGAUGGUGCUGCAAGAGGUUCCCCUGGUGUGGCUACAUUUGGUGGUAUCUUUUGGGAUUUUACGGGUCAUUCUCUUGGUUGUUUUGCGGGUUCAAUAAGCUUGGCCUCUUCUUUGGAUGCCGAAUUACGCGUUGUUAUUCAUGUUGUAUCUUUAGCUUGGUAUAAAGGUAGUCCUUGGGCUGCAAUGAGACAAAUAGAGAUGAAGAUCUCAACUAGUUUCCUCGUCUUACCGCUCUGUGCAAGAGUCGUUCAUGGAGAGUGCCGAAUAGAUUCAUGCAAGUGCAAGAAGAACAUUGUUCCAAUAUUUGGAUCAUUACUAUCAGCAGUGGCCCUCCUUCUAGUUAUAGUGCUCAUACUGGCAUGGAAGCUUAUAAGACUAAGAAAACUAGAUAGAGAAAAACGUAACAAAAUUCCUUUAGCAUCAAAGAAGUCCCAAUUUACUUAUGACGAGGUUUUAGAAAUCACCGAAAACUUUCAAAUUGACAUAGGGAAAGGAGGAUUUGGGAUUGUGUACAAUGGCUACUUGAAAGAUGGCACUCAAGUUGCGGUUAAAAUAUUUUCUCCAUUGUCAUCUAUAGAGGUUGAGCUUUUGCCGAGAAUUCAUCAUAGAAACUUAACCUCACUUCUUGGAUAUAGUGAUGAUACCAACAACUUGGCACUUAAAUACGGGUACAUGCCUAACGGAAACUUAAAAGAAUCUCUCUCCGAUAGAAAGCUCGCAUAUGACUUGGGAACUGAGACAUCGGAUAGCAUUAAAUAUUGCGUUAGGUUGGUGCUUCGUGUUAUUUUGUACGCCAAUACAUUUGCAGAUGCAAACACUGCCAACAUUCUCUUAAGCGAAAACUUGGAUGCAAAAAUAGCAAAUUUCAGUCUGUCCAUGGUUUUUCCCAAUGAUAAUAAGAUUCAUGUUGUGGCAUCGGUUAUGGGUACAGUGGGGUAUAUUGAUCCCGAAUAUGUCUAG